GCAGCGGGAGGAGGUGGGGUGCCCGGGCCCGGAGCGGAGUCCAGGUUUGUUGUUGUUGUUGUCCCAGCCCCAGCGGCUCCGCAGUUGCCUCUGCCGCCGCUCCUGCGCCGCCAUGUCCUGCCCUCAGGAGCCGCCGCAGCACAACAACAACAACAACCCGCCGGCCGAGGGGACGCACACCGAGCCGGGGCUCAACAGUUCCUGGGUGGAGUUACAGAUGAACGGCAAUGGCAAUAGCAAUGAUAACGGCAAUGGGAAAAAUGGAGGUUUGGAACAUGUCCCUUCAUCAUCCUCUAUCCAUAAUGGAGACAUGGAAAAAAUUCUUCUGGAUGCCCAGCAUGAAUCAGGACAGAGCAGUUCAAGAGGUAGUUCUCACUGUGACAGCCCUUCACCUCAAGAAGAUGGACAGAUAACGUUUGAUGUGGAAAUGCACACAAGUAAAGACAGUAGUUCUCAGUCUGAAGAGGAAGCAGUGGAAGGAGAGAAAGAAUUGGAAGUUUUGAAGAAAAGUGCUGACUGGGUAUCAGACUGGUCAAGUAGGCCUGAAAACAUUCCUCCUAAGGAAUUUCAUUUCAGACAUCCUAAGCGUUCAGUGUCUUUAAGUAUGAGAAAAAGUGGAGCAAUGAAAAAAGGUGGCAUUUUCUCUGCAGAAUUUCUUAAGGUUUUCAUUCCAUCUCUGUUCAUAUCUCAUGUUUUGGCUUUGGGACUAGGCAUCUACAUUGGAAAACGACUGACCACACCUUCAGCCAGCACUUAUUGAAAGAUGGAGUGCAAAACCUGGAAAUCCACGUGACCUGUGAAGGUGUUACUGUCUCAUUUAGUACAUUUGACUUGAGACCAUUUUAAGCAUGACCCUGACUUCACCCUUUCUUUACAUAUCCAGGUUUUUGCUAACUCUUGGAAUUCAGUAUUGUGUUGGAACUCUGUUGAGGUGGUGUUUCGCUAUCUACCUUCUUUUCCUUUUUCCUCCCGUUCCCCUGCCUCUUGGCCUGCAAGACACGUCAGAGUUGCUGAACAGAGUUUACAAUUGUCUAUAUGUUGCAAGGGCUUCUCAAUGCAAAAUGCCACCAGCAAAUUUUAAUUUUAUCAGUGAUGCUGUUGCCUCUCUGGUGCAACCUGACUUAAAUUGCAAUUGUGCAUGGUAUAAAUGUUGACUGUAUUAUAGUGAUUAAAAUUAACAAUCUCUUCAGAAGAAAAUUAUUGAUUGAAGAAUUUUUUUUUUUUGAAAAACAAGCUCGUUGUAAACUAAGAAAUCACUGGCAAUAAAAAAAAUAUUUUAAAUUAGCUUUUGGGGGAAUUCACUUAAUCCCUUAUUGGCUAACACCAUUUAAUUUGCAGGAGGCAAAGACUGCGUAAAUUUUGAAGUAGGAUAACUAGAUCCAUCAGCAUAUUUUAAUAUUAGGUAAUUGUUGUAAUCUUGUCUUUUCUAUGAAGUCAGCUCCGUAUUCCUGGUAGGAAAACCUGUCUGAUGCCUAGAAAAUAUUAGAAAUAUUGCGUUGUUUGCAUGUGAAGAAGCUUUUCUUUUCCUUAUCUUUUUCUUAAGAGAAAAUCUUCAAUGUAAAAUUUUCCUUCUAAAAGUAGUUUUAAAUUAAGGAAAAAUCCAACAGCUCUAGGUAUAGUAAGACUCUGUAUAAAAGGAUAUGAUUCUUUGUUGUGGAACCAUUUUACAAUUAUGAAGAUACGGCAGUUUCAGAAGUUAAAGCGUUUGACUUAUCUUUAAAGGGGACAAUCUUGCAGGCACAUAAAGAUUCAGAAGUUGUAAAGUUCUGAAAUGUCUUCUGCAAAUGAGUUUUCAAUAUUCCUAUUUCUCUUUGUUUACUGUAUAAUUCCCUUUGGGGAUAUAUGAAAUCUGAAAAUCUCUUGUGAUGUCUCAUGUUAGAUAGAAUUUUCACUAAUGUUGUUGAACUUUUAUCUUAGGGAACAUUAAGCCUUGUCCUCCUUCAGUGACACUUUUUUCAAAAUGUGAAGCUUUAGUACCAAAUUGUUACAAAGCAUUGGGGCAUACAUGUCCUUAAAUAGAUUUUAUUGGAUUUCAGAACAUGUAGCAUGACUCUGAAGGAUAGAAUACUCUGGGGUUUUUAUAUAUAUAUAUAUAAAUAUAAAAAAAAGUAUAUAGACUUUAAUACCAAGUAUUUAGGGAACCAAUACUAAUUUUAAAGCUAGUUUAAAUAAAAACAUUAGUAGGUUGACUCAUAGAAAAUGUUAAGAAACUGUGGUCAGCCAGUUUGGAAAAAACAGCUAUCGAUAAUUGUUUGCUUGCAUCAGAUUUUAUAGAGUUGAUUAUUUGAUACAGCAGUGAUUGCUUGAAACAGUUGAUGUGUAGAGGCUAAAUCCCAACUGAGGUUUGAUUUAAAAGAACAUAACUCCCAGGAAGUAAAAAAGUUAAGUGUAAACCUACUGCUAAGCUGUAUUUAUUUUUAUUCUCUACUUCUGAAUGCUAGUAGAGAAUACUUUUGGGGUGAAAGGGCAGUCUAACAAUUCUGUUGAGACAUCUGCUUUUUUCUUCUAGUUGUGAAUACUGGUGGCACAUGAGUUGCCCGUAAUUGCCAUUUGUUUCAAGUGUGGAUACUGGGUUUCACCCAAAGGUGGGGGAGGGAAGGGGGAAGUGGUGAACGGUGUUGUAGAUUGUACCAAGCACAUCAUUUUAGGGUCCUACAUAAAUUGAGGGGAGGGUAAAAGGCUGAAACGCUUUCAGUUCUAAUUAUAGCACCUUGUUUUGUAUGGAAAUUGGAAUAGUGGCGAAAUAGAUUUAUAUUAAGUAAGCAGUACUUUCAUUAAAAAAAAAAAAAAAAAAGAAAAGAAAAGAUUACCCCUUUAAAGGGUAAUUCAUCUACAGAGUAUCUGAUAAAUAAUUUUACAAACUAUUGACUGGAGUAUCAACACAGCUUAGGUAAUAGUUGAAGGAGCCAUGAAGUAAAAAAAAAGAUUGUGAAAACUACAACUGAGGAAUGGAUACAUGAUCACUGUAACACUUGCUAUUAUACAAUGCAGUAUUUAUUGAUUCCCUACUCUAAGCUUUGGAUGAAAGUCUACAACUUCUAGUUUUACCAUGAACAGAAACAGAUUGUUGUAUAAUUUGAAAAGGGGUUUCAACUAUUGGUAGUUGAAGUUUUAAGACAAAUGUUGUUUAAAAAAGCUUUAUACCUGUUUACAGUUUUGGAAAAAAAAAAUGCAGGCUUCAUUUUUCUUAUAUUCAGUGAAAACUGGCCUAAAAUAUUUGUAAAUAGGAUCAAGAAAAAAAAAUGCAUAAACUCGCACAUUAAAAACGCAGCAGGCUAAUUUAACUGCAGUAAAAGCGUAUUUACUUAUUGUUUUAAGAAGUGAAAGCUGAAGAUUGUUAAAAAUUCAUUUUUUUAAUUGACAUUUGUUGAACUAUUGGAGUUAACUGAGCCAAAGUGAUUAUGCAUUCUUCAUAGAUUAGUUUUAGCACUUUGUAACAUUAUAUACAGUUUACAGUACAUGUAUAAGUUGUAGCUUUUAAACAUUUUGUGCCAUUAAAGCUCUCACAAAA